GUAAGAGAAAUAAGUGAAGAAUAAACAUGGAAGAAAACAAUACAGAAGUUAAAGAAAAGUCAGACGUCGCCGAAUUAACGUCCAAGACAAAAGUCUUAUCAAUUGGGGAUGACGAAAGCCCAGCGAGGGAAAAGAACCGCAACACAGAUAUUCUGCAAGAGAACUUAAGAAAGCAUUUUUGUCAGCUCUUAACUGGGAGCCGAAUAGCCAUUGACGUUGUCCCUGAUUGGGAUAAAGUAGAUAGAUUUGGCGCAGCUAGCAUUAAAGAAGGUAAUCAACCCAGACGCUAUCAUUUUUAUGUUCUGCACGGUAACAAUUACAAACCGGGUGAGAUUAUUUCUGGACCUGUCUUCGAUGGAAAUGCCAUGAUGGAGGUAGUGAGGAAUCGAUUGAAAGAAGAAAAUUGGAUAUCCAAAAAUGUCAUUGAAACACCGCUCAAAGCCAAACUUGGUAGUGAGCCGUACGCCUACGAUCAGUAUAUACAACAAAUUGUUUCCGAAGCACUUUAUGGAGAAUCGCCAAGAAUCUUUAGGUUCGUGCAAUAUCUGCAUAGAAAUUAUAAAUAAGUACUCGAUAAAAUU